AUGCCUGCCCCCACCAUGUGCAGUUUCUGCCCCCACAAUGUGCAGUUCCUGUCCCCACCAUAUGCAUUUACUACUCCCACAUGUGCAGUGCCUGCCCCCACAAUGUGCAGUUGCUGCCCCCACCACGUGCAGUUCCUGCCUACACCAUAUGCAGUUCCUGCCCCCGCCAUGGGCAGUUCCUACCCCCACAAUGUGCAGUUCCUGCUCCCACCAUAUGCAGCUCCUGCCCCCACCAUGAUGUGCAGUUCCUACCCCUUUCAUGUGCAGUGCCUGUCCCUACCAUGGGUAGUUCCCACUCCCCACAAUGUGCAGUUCCUGCGCCCACCAUGGGCAGUUCCUACUUCCACUAACUGCAGUUCCUCCUCCCACCAUGUACCUGCCCCCAACAUGUGCAGUUCCUGCCUCCACUAA